AGCCUCCAGUUCGCUAUCUCCUCUGCGUUAGACAGACAUGUCAAAGACAAGCGCUUAGUGUGUGGACGGUCGUGGAACUCUUACAAAGGCUCUCGGAUUUCGGAUAGCGGAGAAAGGAGAACAUUCGAACUUCCAGACAUUGUGCGAAGGGUGAAUUGCCACUUCAGCGCCAUCUUUUCAGUGCGAUAGAGUACCACUACUGAUAGUCUCUAUUCUGAAGAGUUUUGAGUUUGAGAGAGAAAGACAGAGACAGAGAAAGAGAGAGAGGUAAAGAGCGGGAGAGACAAAGAAUUAGUUAUUCUCCUGUGCUAACCGCUGCUUCUGGUACUACCUCGCCCUAAGUCGUUGGCGAUCUGCUUCUGUUGGUCACACCUCUGUGCUGUAUGUCUCCACUUCGGCAACCACAUAGCAACUCAGGAUGAUUUCCCAGGUCGUAAUGGAUGUGUCCUCCAGUAGCAGUUCAGCCAAAGAAGGAGUCAAUCCAGGAAAGAAGCCCCCGCCUCCACGGCCAGCCGCACCACGGAGACCGAGAGCGGCGCCGAUCAACUGCCACGAGUGCGGAAAGCGAGUGCUGUUGGCUGACAGAGUGGCCGUUGGCAUGCUGUCUUUGCACAAGGAAUGCUUCUUCUGUGGCAAGUGUGGCAUCGAGUUGACUGCUGAAAGCUGCCACACUGUGAAGGGACAAUUCUACUGCCAGAAACAUUAUAAGAACAGAAGUGAUGCCAGCGAUCACCAUGACAAAGCUCCGGUUGCCAAGACGACAUCAUCCAAGCAGCACAAGCGUCUGCAGAGAGCCGGCGGCGCAUCGAGCGGUGGUGAUGCAGACAAGUCGCACACGGGCCGAUCACCUGUGGGGAAAACCCCGGACUCACUGGAUGGAAAGAGUGCACAGUUGGGACGGCCAGCUCAGGACAGCAAUGACGUCAUAUCCCAAUCGAUGACAUCAUCCGGUAAGAAGGGAAAUGCAACACAUGACGUCAUACCUGGCCAACAGACGCCGGAAUCAACAGCCGCGGCAGCUGGUGCGGGAAAGAGUGCGGCAAAUUAUCCGGGAAAACUCACCAUCAACCGAGAUUCGUACCUGUCCGUAGCCACGUCCAGUGAGAGCCUAGGCAGGGCAUCACCGGUGUAUGGACCCAGGCGUGAUGGAUGCUCGAUGCCGGACAAGAACAGCAGAAUGUCACGCUAUGCUCUGGAUGCCAGCAUGGGCAGCCAAGAUUCGACCUGCAGCGGUGGAAGCGUGGGUAGAGAGGCGGAUGCCAGCCAGAACACUGGCAGUGCGAGUACACAUUGCAGCAGCAACAGCUCUGUCUCAGAUGCCUCUACCACCAACACUACAACUACUUUGGCCAGUAGUAACGUUGUGGCAGUGAAGGCAGGUGACAGUAGAGCCCAGGAGAGCAAUACAAAAGUGCGUGAUCUCAGUUCUGGAGGGAAAUGCACCGAUGUACAGUCGUCUGCAAAGGAGUAUACUCCAGCUCUUUCCACAACAUCGUCACACAAGCAGUCUGCACCAUCGUCUGGCAAACAGGCAGUACCUCAGGGCGCACCGAGCAAGCCUGCACCGGCCAAAAGCAAACCGCCGAAGAAGCCGGCUCCUAAACCACCCGGUAACCCUGCACCAAAACUGCCCAGCCAUGCUGCACCAACACCGCCCAGCCAUGCGGCACCAAAACUGCCCGCACAUCUGGCACCAAAGCCACCGAGUCAUCCCGCACCAGCACCACCAGGCGCAGCAAGUCAGGAGAAACCGGAAGUCAUCACAAAACCUGCUACGGCCACAACUGACACCACUUCUGACAAACCUCCGGAACCGACGGUCUAUGCUUCAACAGGAACGCAGUCGGGCAAGAAUCAUGGAAAGAAGCGCCUGCCGCCACCAGAUAUGGAAGUCUACAAGCAAUCUUGGGCUGCGGCAGCAUCAUCGUCGUCUACGAAUCAAAGAUGUCCGCCAAAGCGACCGACCGACUUACCGCUGCAGGGGCUGGCAGCCAAGCGACAGCACAAACCAAACCCGCAGAAGACUGGCAGUGAGCAACAAGAGAGCAAGACCAACAAGGCAAUGUCCAAACAAGGAUCUACGUCAGCCAUGACAGCAGUCAAACCAACUGAUGGUGGUUCUAAGGCAGAACAGCAGACUGACAGUAAGCCAAGUGUUACAGACACAACUCAGAAGGUAGCGGAAGAAAGAUCAGAGAAGAAAACCAAUGUCGAGGAGGUUUUCACUAAGCCAAAGGUUUACGCCAUGGAAAUCCCAUACCAGGAAAGCUACAUCGCCGCCAAGUUUGACGCGCCAGCACCUGAGAAGAAACGGACGGUUUCUAGCAGAGUUGGGCACCGGCGCUCUUCCACCAGGACACCUCAGCAAGAAGUCAUCUACCACCGGCAGAAGCGGAGAGCUCCGUCGAUACCGAAGCACAUGCAGCGCUUGCUUGGCGCUCGGCUGGAGCGCGAGGACAAGUUCUCACUGGCUGAGAUCGAGGACAAACUCCAGCAGCUGUCAAAUCAGCACCGGGAACUGGAAUUACAUGGCCAGAGACUGGAAGAGAAAAUGCGCAAAGGCACACCCAAUGAGGAGAGGCUGAUGAAGGACUGGCUGCGACUUGUGGAGGAGAAGAACCAACUGGUUGCAAAAGAAACCGAGCUCGUCUACAUGCAGCAAGACCUAGUGCUAGUGGAGCGGCGCGAUGCACUCGAGACGGAGAUUCGGAAACGAAUGGAGGUCGACUCUUCACGCAAGAGCAAGCGUCAGCUGAUCGAAGAGGAAGGACUGAUCCUGCAACUUGUUGAGACAGUCAACACGAGAAACAGACUGGUGAAUAUGCUGGAUUUGGAAAGGCUUGUAUAGCGACAUGCUCUCGACAGCAGCGUAUCUUCGCUUCUGCACCCGCUUAUCUAUGAUAUUUGACCUAGAAAAAGGGUAAAAUAAGUACACCUUUACCUAAGCUACAACCCUGGCGACAUGACCAUUUUGAAUGCGUGCGCAUGUGUGUGUGUGUGUGUGUGUGUGUGUGUGUGUGUGUGUGUGUGAGAGAGAGAGAGAGAGAGUGUGUGUGUGUAAGUGUGUAAGUGUGUAAGUGUGUACAUCCAUGUGUGCACAUGACCCAUUUAUUUCUCCUUGCGAUGGCUCCAUAAGAAAACCUUCCCAAAGUGGACACCUUAAUAUUAUUAUAUCUCAGAAUUUUCUUUCUAAGCAAUGUGAAUGUAAUAGCUUGCCUACAUUAUAAAGUUUUACUUUCAAAAGAUAACGAACUACGCUUUUUUCAGACAACUUUCGAUAAUCCUGAUCUUUUCCAGAUCGACUUGUAUUGGCGACACCAUAUCCCGAAUCUGAUAAUCUUGCCCUCAAACCAAUAAAAUAAUCAUGCAGGUUUUCUACUUUUCAUAGUUCGAAGCAGUCGGUUGCUCGAAGUCAUCCUCCACACAAUACUCCGUACCACAUGCUUGCCUACAUUGAGCCACUUCACUCCUGUACAAGGUCUGCUUGGAAUGCGCAUGUAGGGAGCUGUGCCAGCCACAAAAUAAACCACUAAAUAUUUUGUUUCUGUUCGAGAACACACGUUUUUGAGACAGCAGUUUCUAUUUGUUUGUUUUUGAUUUUUAGUUCGUUGCUUCAACAGUAUGAUGUACAGCUUCAAAGAGAUCAAAACCUUGCAGCUACCACAUGUUGUACCAACCAGGGAACGACAAGAGUAGUAUGAUACUUCAGUAUUAGUGUACCGGUACAUUGAAACCUCAGUAUAACGUACUCUCGAUACGCGCUUUCCCCUUGGCAUCGGAUACAAAGUACGUUUUUUGAACAUCUACAUGUAUCCUUGCAUGUGUCUGUAAUAACCAAAUAUCACCGGACAUGGUCAAAUC